AUGAAUUCAGUAACCAUGCCAUCUGAGGUGAUAGCAGACAAAUCCCUGCAGCGUGAGCUGGCGGACUCCAUCAUCCGUAUGGUUCCGCUGGACGAGAUACGCAUUUUAUUGGCUUGUGGAGCUAAGGUCAACGAGCCAGUAACUCAAGGUCUCCGUCCUCUUCACUACGCGAUCUGGCAACGCCACCUGGAAGCCACUCGCUUGCUGCUAGUCCGAGGAUGUGAUAUCAAUGCCACGGACGAUUGUGGAUAUAGUGCUUUACAUUUGUCCGCUGAACAUGGAUACACGGAGCUUGUGAAGUUGCUCUUAGAGAGUGGUGCAGCGGUCGAUUACCGAGUGGACACUGGUGAAGAAUUCCCCCGCACUACUCUCUGCGAUGAACCGUUGAGACUUGCCAUAAGAAACAAACAUUAUGAUGUUGCGCGUCUCCUCUUGGAACAUGGUGCUGAUCCAAACAAACGAUACUUCUUCGGUUCAGAGAUCAACCUGGUCUCCGACCCUGAGUACUUGGAACUGCUGCUCAUGUUCGGUGCUAACCCUGACUCCAGGGAUAGAGCUGGUCUCACUCCUUUGAUGAAAGCUGCUCGACAGAGAAAGGGUAUAGAGUCAGUGCUGCUCCUCAUCAGCUACGGCGCGGACGUCAACGCGAUGGCGGACGCGCGCAAUGACUUUAGAACUGUCAUGCAUUAUGCCGUUUUGGGUGGCUGCACGGAUGUCGUGAACCUCCUCAUCAAGCAAGGCGCGAGGGUCAACUACGAGUCUCCUGAUUUGAACAAACCCAGUCCUUUAGACUUGGCCAUAUUGAAGGGAGAUGUAUCAAUGUUGCAGAUGCUGCUUUCUGCUGGGGCCCAAGUGAACUCGUCCAGUACCGUGAUAGGAACUCCUCUACACGUGGCCUGCUCCGACAACAUAUCUAACAGAAAGGAAAUUGUUAAGAUCCUUUUAGAAAGUGGAGCAGAUCCGAACCUAAAGGUGUAUAAUGAAGAUGAUGGAGCUCAACUGCGACCGGCUCUCGCAGAAUAUCUCGCGAGCAACACUGAGCCUUGCGCUGACACUGUUACUCUCUUACUUAGAUAUGGUGCUAGGGUUAUAAUGAAAACUCAGUUUCGCGACCCCGACGGCAUUCUCAAUCACCUUCAAAACGUCACCUCUGAAGAAUAUGAACAUAUCUUUUAUAUCCUUCUAGAAGCAGCUGAAUCAUUUGAUCUCUGUAUGAUAAAAAGAAAUAACACUUUAAAACCAAUUCAAAAAGAAACUUUAAUUGAACGUGCCAAAAACCCAAUUUCGUUGUUGGCUCAAACUAGAAUAUUUUUCCGCAAAUUCUUUGGCACUACUUUGAUAAAAGUUGUCAAGAAAUUGGAAAUACCAAAGAUUUUGCACAGUUAUUUGCUUUAUGAAUGCAAA